GCAUAGUCUAUGGUAAACAUUGAUAAAUACGUGUGGGUGAAAUGCGACAAUAACAUCUACAUUCUACCACCAUUGAAACUUUGAAACGAUACUGAAACGUUUUCGUUUACAUACAGAAAUGGAUCAUAUCUUAUUUCGUGGUGACGGAGACUUUUUUGAAAUGUAAAGCAAUAGCACAAAACUGGAUUUUCCGGAUCGGCUGUCCCUAGACGAGGCAUAUGGGACUUCGAACAGUGGACACGUCAGAUCGAACAGGUCGUGCCACACAAGUUUACGGGUAUGGAGCUGCAGAGCUGCAGUUCAGAUGAGAUGGGCGUAUGCAGGCGCCUACCGCUCACGUUUAUCCUUCAGUUUCUAGUUGUGUUGCUUUGCGUUAAGUGCGGCCAUGCGUGCGGCACCGCCUCCGGUAGUGGCGACUUGCUCUUGUGCAGAUCCUGUGGACACGAAAUCGCGCUCGAGUCAGACGCCAACUUCGUACACAGCCGCCUCGCACUGUCUCAUAGAAACGAUACCGUUGUCGGGGAAAAGAGAGUGUCGGUUCAGAAGUUUGAAAACCCUCAGGGUUAUCAGUUCGAAGUGAUAACUUUUAAGACCGCAGACGUGCGGAAACACUGGCCCGCAGAGAAGCACUUCACCUGGUUUCCUGGCUACGCUUGGACCAUCGCCACAUGUCCCCGGUGCAGAGCGCACCUUGGUUGGGCAUUUCAACCCAGCGAUUGGCCCUCGACAAUCAGCACUGAGCAGUUUGAUGACUCGCAGCAGACCUUUGUGGCGUUGAUCAUCCAGAGGUUGCUUCGCGAACACUUUGCUUCGUCUCUCCUCGUCACACCCAAAGCAUUCAGAAGCUGAGUUUUCUGACAAUUAUUCAAUAUUUUUGUUUAAUAAAAAAGACUUGCGGCUCA